ACAGGGACCGGCCUCUCCGCCCCGGAGCUCAGUGUGCAGGGCGGCGGACGGGGCGCACCCCGGGCGGGCUCGCAUGGACCUCCCGCGCCGCUGGCUCUUCCGGAUGUUGCUGUUGGUGGCCACCGGCUCCGGGAUCCUCUUCCUGCUGUACUCCUCGGCGGGGCAGCGGUCCCGGAAGACCUGGGCCCCCGCCAGGAGCAUCACGUCACCUCGAGCAUUCUUUGAACCCAAGGCAUCGAAUUCCGAAAACAGAAAGAGCCGCCUUUGCCAACACCCACUUCCCCUGGCCAUUCAGAAGAACAAUCGUUUCCGGUGCCUGUUUGAUCUCUCCACCCCAGUGCUGCUGUGGGAAGGCCUCUUCACCCAAGGGCUCUGGAACAAUCUGAGCCAGCACAAUGCCCCCUACGGAUGGCAGGGGCUCUCCCACCAAACCAUUGUCUCUACCCUGAGACUUCUGAGCGACCCCGAGAGCGCGGGGCUGUUUGGCGCCUCCAGGGAACGACCUCUGAGCUGCAUUCGCUGUGCUGUGGUGGGUAAUGGAGGCAUUCUGAACGGGUCCCGUCAGGGUCAGAAAAUCGAUGCCCAUGACUAUGUGUUCAGACUCAAUGGAGCAGUGAUCAAAGGCUUUGAACGCGAUGUGGGCACCAAGAUCUCCUUCUACGGGUUCACCGUGAACACCAUGAAGAAUUCUCUCAUCUCCUACUCCAACCUGGGAUUCACCUCUGUACCACAAGGGCAGGACCUGCGCUACAUCUUCAUCCCCUCAAGCAUCCGAGAAUACCUGAUGCUGAGAUCUGCCAUUCUGGGUGUGAGUGUUCCAGAAGGUCCUGAUCAAGGGGACAGGCCUCACAUCUAUUUCGGACCAGAAACCUCUGCCAGGAAAUUCAAACUCCUGCAUCCAGACUUCAUCCGCUACCUGACAGAGAGAUUUCUGAAAUCCAAGAUGAUUAACACACGCUUUGGAGACAUGUAUAUGCCUAGCACAGGAGCGCUCAUGCUGCUGACAGCCUUGCACACCUGUGACCAGGUCAGUGCCUAUGGAUUCAUCACAAGCAACUACCAGAAAUACUCAGACCACUAUUUCGACCGAGAAAAGAAACCACUGAUAUUCUACGCAAACCACGAUCUGUCCCUGGAAGCCGCGCUCUGGCGGGAUUUGCACAACGCCGGCAUCCUUUGGCUGUACCAGCGUUGACACCGAAAGUACCAGAGUUCUUUGCUUCAAAAGCACUUUUUCUGACCUUUCAACCUUUGGAAGAGGCAACACUCCCCUUGGUCCUCUACUUCCCACCAGUGGGCACUGAGACCGAGACCCAUGGCCAUCACAUCACCAGAGCCUGUUCACAACGCCUGGGACCGUCUUGACUCAAGAAAAGCCUUCUGGGUCUUGGCCGAGGGAGGGCAGGCUACUUUGCAGGAUUUGUUUUAAAAUUGAACUUUUAACACCCACAAAAUGAGACAAUGAUCUUCACUAGCAAAGAGGCAGGUAUGUCUCAGAGCUAAGUAUUUGAAAGCCAGCACCUGCUCCUGAGCAACUAGACAUAUAUUCAAGUACUCAGGGCUAUCCCGUAAGCAAGACCAAGCAGAGGCCCACCCCCAGCUGAAACCAGUGGCACAGUUCCCACAUGCCAAGCCGUUCAACCUGUGAGGACACCUUAAGCUUUCGGACAACACCUCUGCCUCGGAGAGAGGGCUAGAACCAGAGGCAGAGUGUAAUUUGAGGCUAGAAAAUAGGGUAAGUGAUGGAUGACCAUUUUGCCUUUUUUGUUGGUAAAGGAGAAGACAGUCUAGAGGGAAGGAGUGUGGUGGCGCUCAGAACAGAGACUACCUAGCAGACACAUGCACCGAGACCCGGGUUGUAAGCGCCGAGUACCGUAUCAUGGGAGGUACCAGCAGCUGACCAGCCUCACACGUUACCACCACUGAGAGAAGUCCUACUGGAGAUGUAUUUCUCGUCACCAACAGGAUUACUGAGUGAUGGACCCUCACCCUCACAUCAUAGCUUCAAUAAACACCAACUGAGGC